CCGCGAGCGGCCGCCACGUGGUUCUCCGGGACGCAGGCGAGCCCCUGCGACGGCCUGCCCAAUGGGGCAGCUAGGAUGGAGCCAAGCCUUCGAGGGGGCGGCGCCCUUGGCUCCAGCUGGCACUUUCACCGCGUCAUGUGAGCGGCAAGAGAUCUAGAAGCAGACCGAGCGCCAGCAGGGAAAGGAGCGCGACGUCGCUGGCAGCUGGGCGAUGGUGGAUCUAUAACCAAUAUUCAUAAUUUUCAGCUCGUUGGCAUAAUAGUUAUAUUAUAUACAGCUAUCAAUACAUCUUUUUAUGAGGAGGCGGCAAACCAAUGGUCUCAGUAAAUCAUAGCAAACUGGUGUCUGCUUCAAGUCAGCUGACUGCUUCAGCUCCUGUUCAGUUAGCCAACCCUUCAGAUGCUCUCAAGCAUCUGAUGCCACCAUUGAAUUUGCUGCAAGAUUGCAGUGGGGAGCAGGCUUCUAACCCAUCAGCUAUCUCCAACUUAAUCUGCACAUCAGAGACGGGUGUUUCGCAGUCCAAGGUAAAGAAGGAUGGGGAGAAACCGCAGACCACUAUCUACGAAGCCUACCUCAGACUUCCUGAUUUUUGCCCAGAACUCUCCAUGGACUUUAGCCCUACACUGGAGGAGAUUGAGGAGUUCCUGAAUGAGAAAAUGGCAAUUCUCAAAGAUGAGCUGAAUGACAAGCAGCAGGCAGGAGGACAGCUUAAGAGAAAGUCUGAGAUCAGCUUGGGCAGCCCCGGGGAACAGUCUGUUCCUGUAGCUGUUCCGGAUGAAGGCCUUUCCAGGUUUGCUCAGUCAGGAGUGGUGGUUUCUGGUGGUACAGGCAUCCCAGGAACUGCGGGGACUGUCCCAGUUGUCCUUCAGAUCCAACCCAACCAAGCGAGUGAAGGCAACUCGCCAACCCAGAGCCCUGUUGGUGGUAUUAGGGUGGCUCAGUUGUUCAUCAAAAUGCAAGGGCAGAGCCUGACCGUUCUUCCCCAGGUCAUCCAAAGCCCUUCAACAGGCACAGAACAAAAAUAUGUACGGAUAGCCCCUUUGCCUGUGACGCUGAGGCCUGGAGUUCUUGGAAGCGUGAAGAAUGUGGAGGCCAGGACCCCCAAAGCCUCCCCUCCUGUCAUCCGAGUCCACAAGUGCACACAUCCCGGUUGCACAAAGAUGUACACUAAGAGUUCUCACCUCAAGGCACACUUCCGACGCCAUACUGGAGAAAAGCCUUACACCUGUACUUGGCCCAACUGUGGCUGGAGGUUUUCCCGCUCGGAUGAGCUCUCUCGCCACAAGCGCUCCCAUUCUGGACUCAAGCCUUACCAGUGCCAAGUGUGUGAGAAGAAAUUUGCCCGCAGUGACCACUUAUCCAAACACAUGAAGAUCCACAAAGGGUCAUUCAGUUUGGGAAUCCGGACAGCUCAGGGUUGUGGUCAUAGCUGACUCUGCUUUUGCUGCCUUGCCAAGAAAAUAAUUCCUGCCCAAGUGAGAUGACAAAUGCAUAUAUAAAAGACGGCUUUGUUUGGAAGGGAGGAAAGGAAUUGACUUGUGUAAAGUCUAUUAGGAAGACCAAAGCCUACUUCUACCUGAACAUGCCUUUCAAUCAGGACCUGCCUCCAAACAGGUCUCUGAUACUUGUGAACUCUUGUAAAACUUGUAAUUAAGUUUGUGGGAAAUAUGUGACAAUAAAGGAUGUUGGGCUGGGCAGGGUGAGAUUCACUGUUUAGAUCUGAAUUUUAGAAUAUGGACUGUUUAGGCCAAGGAUGGAAGAACCUUUGGUCCUCUAGAUUGUGUUGGGCUACAGCUUCCGUUAUUUCUGACCAUUGGCCGUGCUCGGUGAGAUUGAUGGGAGGUGGAGUCCAACAACAUCUGGAAGGCCACAGGUUCUCCAUCUGUGGUUUAGUCAUUUCUAAUGCUUUUUCCUGUGGUGUACACAUAGAACAGUAUUUGAAUGGGAGGGUGUGGGUUCUUUUGCAUUUCUUUCUGAGUUAGCAUCCUGCUUGAUCACUCAGCCACUGAUUCUGAAACUAUAACCAAUGCAAUGAAAUUACAGGUGAAAUAUUCACUAAAAUGGCAAAUCUCAAAGUUCAGAGCUUGAAUAUCAGUACCAGGAAAUCAUAUUUUCCCAAGUCUUUAUUUUCAGACUAUACCUCUCUAAAGCCAAAUUGGUUUCAUGGCAUUCAGUGUAAUUUGUGUGGUGCGUAAUGGUUUGUCUUUAGGAAAAGGAAUUGCAUUGUGGAUUACUGUGAGUUGUUAUUCUCUAGCCCCAAUUUAAAUGUUUAUUCUGUGAGCUGUACACCGCUUGUGCCUGAGAAUGGGACUUGGGGCCCAAGACCUAACCUGUACACAUGUUAAUCCAUGGUGGGAAAUGUAAUCUGAUUUGUCUCUGAAAUAAGGCAAACAAGAGUGUCCUGAAUCUGCCCCAGACUGUAAAGCAGAAAUGAGGAACCUCCAGAUUGCUGGACUAUAGCUCCCAUUAUCCCUAGCUGCUAGUCAUGCUAGCUGGGGCUUAUGGGAGUUGAAGUGUAAUAAAAGCCAGAGGGCCACAGAUUCUCCAUCCUUGCUAUGAAGUUUGGUGGUACAGCCUUAAGCAUUACACACAUUGCCUAUGGUUACAAUUCCAUGCCACUUUGUUGAAAGUGAGCCCCACUGAAUACAAUGGACUUGUUUCUGAGAAGACAUUUAUAGCAUUGCACUGUAAAUGCCUCACAUGCCUUUCAUUUGAACUUAUUUUGAUCAUUGUUAAUCCACCAGAGCUGUCAUUAUGGUUUGUUUUGCUUUUAUUAUUCAGGUUGCUUAACUUACCUUGCAUCCAUGGAAUUCAGGGCUGGAUAGAGAGAGAGAGAGUGAUUGAUGCAAGUCCCAACACAGUCAGUCUCAUGACUGGGUGGGGAUUUGACACAGGUCUACCACAGUGUUUCCGUGCGCUGCUCUGGUUCACCAGAAGCGGCUUAAUCAUGCUGGCCACAUGACCCGGAAGCUGUCUGUGGACAAACACCGGCUCCCUUGGCCUAUAGAGCGAAAUGAGCGCCGCAACCCCAGAGUCGUUCGCAACUAGACUUAACAGUCAGGGGUCCCUUUACCUUUACCAGGUCCCUUGUGGUAGCCAUUAUGGCAACUUCCACCUGAAGUUUCUAUAGUUAAAACGACAAAGAGUUGUGCAGCACCUUAAAGCAGGAGUGGGGAAGCUGUGGUGCUCCACUUGCUGGGCUCCCAACUCUCAUCAGUCCCAGCCAGCAUACUCAGUGGCCAGGGGUGGUAACUGCUAGCCGUGAUGGGUACAUUCUACCCCCACUGUUGGACGCAGUAUUACCUAUGAAUGCUGGCUGCUGGGAAUCACAAGGUGGAGGGUUGCUGUUGUGCAUGGGACAUGCUUGUGAGAUUCCCACAGGCAUCUAGUUAGCCACUGUGAGAACUGGAUGCUGGACUAGAUGGACCUUUGGACUGACCCAGCAGGGCUUUUCUUAUGUCGUUAUGCAUAAGGUUGCAGGUUCAGUCCCUGGCAUCUCCUGGUAGGAGUGGAGACCCCAGAGAGCCUCUGCUACAGAUAGUGUAGACAUUUGUGAGCUAAGUGGGCUCAUAGCCUCACUCUGUAUAAAAUAGCUUCCAAUGCUCAUGUGUCUUGAACCUAUGUGGCAAGAUGCCUUGUUUGUUAUGUGUCUCCACCCUGUUUUGAUGCAAUGGUUCUUGGCAGAAGUUGAGAACAAUAGCUUACCAAGUGCAAGUCUAGUAGCCUGCUCUCAAACAUGUUUACUUGGAAGUGUUUUGAUUCUGAGAUUCAUAUGUUGAGCGUGCUUCUUGUUGUUGCCUGCCUUGGUUAUUCAAGCCUCCUUCCCCUGCAGGCACCUUAUUUUUUCCAGUCUGUGCCAGCCUGAGUGACUCAUACACCACCUCCAUCUCCUUUCCUUUCUCCAGCUUCCUGUACAUAAAAAUAACUUUCCUUUCUCCAGCUUCAUUAUCUCACAUUACCUUCUUUGGAUCUGUACACACUAUACCUUGAAAGCACAUUCAAAGCACAUUCUUUCCCUCAAAAAAAUAAAAUAAACAUAGGCACUGUAGUUUAAGGAUUGCUGGGAAUUCUAACUCUGAGAGAGGUCAACUACAGUGCCCAGAAUUCUUUGAGGGAAAGAAUGUGUUUUGAAUGUGCUUUCAAGGUAGAGCAUGUACUAAUGUUCAGGCUCUGAACUGGGUUCUAAAUGAACAUCUAAAGAAGCUCUGUCACCAUUAUUCCUCCCACAGAAUGAGCUUUUGUUGGCAAUAUCGACUAGUCUAAAAGGAUGUUUGAAAAGCACCUCCUACGGGAAACUGUGCUAUGACAAUUCUAGCUAUUUAAAGCCCUGAAAAAGAACUUGUGCUCACAGGUGCAGAAAUCCAGGAUUCAUGCCCAGUCAUGCAGACAGAUAUAUUUGCAUAUAUCACAGUAAAGAAAAACAAACUGAAUCAGUCGCCAUAGCUGACAGAGUUACUUGUCAACUGCUGCAUUCCCUCUCGGAAAGGAAAAUAAGUUUUGGCAAUCUGUGUGAUUCUUCGCCGCCCCCACUCUUUUCUUAGUUUUCAUAUAAAUAUCUCUUUUUAGGCAUCCAUCAGUCAUCCUGUGAUAAAAGCCCUUUAUCUCACAUUGGCCUCAGAUUAACUUCUUGGCUGUGUAAACAAAGUACAUGUUCAAAAGGUCAAUCAGAGGUUGCUGAAAGUUGAGAGAGUCCACAAUCCAUGGCAACACUGGAAUCCCCAUUUUCUUCCUUUUCAUCCUAGCAUGACACAAUCAUGUCAAUACUACCAGAGUCAUUAACAGUUCACAGUUUCAUAGGUCGAUUGCCAGUCACAGUGAUUUUCUAAAUUCAGCCCACAAGGAAGGAUAGCUGGAAAACAGACUGGAUUAUCAUUUAAGCAGAUGGGUGGUUAGCUCAGGAUAACAACCUUGGGCUAACAAACCUGAGAUAGCAGGUACCAUUGUUGAUUGCCUGAAUCAACCUAUAGAUGGGCUGACACAAGUAUCUUCAGAUAUAACGUAAGUUCAAUCAGGGGCAAGCAACAUGCCCUCAGCCUAUUUUCAAUUUGGGAGACAAGGAGGGGGAAAAGGGGGUUACACACAGAGAAAAUUGAAUGAAAGAGGGAGAGAGGGGAGGGGAAGAACCACAGAGGAAGGGUACUCCUUCCUACUUUUAAUUCUAGCCCUACCCACUACCAGCAUUCAGCUGCCAAUAUGUUCUCUUGUUUGUUCAUGAUGCUUAUAAUUUGUCUUUCUUCCAUCAUGGAGCCCUAGGCAGUGUACAUCUGGUUUCCAGGGAGGCACUCAUUAAAGAACUCUGCUUUAACUUCA